AUACGAGAAUCAUUCAGGAGCAUCUGAAACAAGAACUUGAAGUCUUCACUGAUAACUCAACAAUCUCUCCGCAGAAAUGACUGGAGCCGCUGUAUCCGUGUGCCUUCUUUUUCUUGUGUCUCUAUGUUCGGCGUGUUACAUCUCAAACUGUCCCAUCGGUGGGAAGAGGUCCAUCAUGGAUGCACCCCUUCGCAAGUGCAUGUCAUGUGGCCCAGGAGACAGGGGCCGCUGCUUCGGCCCCGGUAUCUGCUGCGGUGAGGGCCUGGGCUGCCUGCUGGGCUCCCCAGAAACAGCUCACUGUGUGGAGGAGAACUACCUGCUGACCCCCUGCCAGGCAGGAGGGAGACCGUGUGGAUCUGAGGGAGGACGUUGUGCAGCUGCAGGUCUCUGCUGUGAUGCAGAGGGUUGUGCCACAGACCAGUCCUGUGACGAGGAAGGAGAUGAUUUCGAAGGUACUGACUCAAGUGACAUCAUCCUAAGGCUGCUGCACCUGGCCGGUCACGCCUCUCCUCAUCAAAUCCACAAGUGAGCUGUUUCUGACGCAGGCCCCAGGAAACUAUCCCGGAUGUUGAGCUGAAACUGGACUAGUUGUAGUUCAAAUCUUUGUAUUUCUAUGUUUGUCAUCAUCACUCUGAAUUUGCUCUUUCUGUAUUUCUGUAGAGUGCCUUUGUCAAUAUAUUUUUCUGUAUGAAAAUGGGAUGAAUAUGGACAGCGGUCAUCCAGAUAUCUGCAUGUUGAAAUAAAGUUUUGAGAGAGUAUAAAAUCGUGUGUUUUUAUUUUAGAGCAUAAAAACCUUUCAAAUCCUCCUAAAUCAUUUUCUCUUCACCGUGUUUACCACUGUCACUCAGUGUCCAAACACCUUCAGUCAACAUUAUCUUUCAGAUGUCACCCCUCAGUUGCACAAUUGUGUAACUGAUUGCUACACAAAUCCAACAGAUCCACAAAUGAGGCUCUGUGUGACUCAGCAUCACUGUUGAAAGUUGAAUUUGUCAUGUGUGCCGGUAACCUUUGAUUCAUUUCUGUUUCAUGAUGCUGAUUAAACAGCAACAGCAUGAUUAAAGAGCAACUUCAACAAAAGAAAAUGUUCAAAACAGCCUGAAGUUAUCACAGCAAGUCUGAAGACACAGAUAGAAUAUUGACACUGUGCCUAGGACUGAAUGAUUUCAUCAUACAGUAUCUCGGUCUGGCUGCUCUUUGAAAGGAGGCUUAUCUGAAAAUGUCACAUCACCAAAGUAAAGUGAUAAAAUAAAGGCUAUAGUUCACACUGUUGAAG